GUGAGAUUAGCCGGAAGCCGCUAGCUGGCUAGCAGCGACCUUGCUAACGCUAGCUAGGUAAAGCCACCCAAAUACAGGAGAAGCUGAGCUUCGGAAAGACGGGAAUAAUAUUCGCAAAAGCUACAAGCUACACAGGAUAGUGGGACAAUUCAUGAUAAUUUGUUAGCUAGUUAUAUUAUUUAAAUACAACUAGUUAGCUAACUAACGUUUUGUUUGCGUCGCUAGCUUGCUGACGGAGCUAACGAGCUAGCUAGCUAAGGUUAACUUCAAUACUUUAAAGAAGCUGACUGGACUUAAGUUAAGUAGAAAUAACCGAACGUGACGCCUUUUAUAGACAGUUAAACAGUGCUUUUUAAACCAGAUAGCAUCUCAAUCGCUUGUUUGACAUAGUACCACGCGAUUAUUGGUUUAUUGUUAUUUUCUUUCGACAACCAAUAAUGAACGCUAUUAGUGUAGCUAAGCUAACACUAGCGUAGUGCCACCCGAUGUUGUGUCUAAUUUUGCUACCCAUCGGUGUGUGCAUCAUACCUGCUUUGCGCAUGCGCUGAAUGUGUUUUUCAAUUUAAAAUUUAUUUUUGUUUGGGUGCAUUAAACAAUCUGCGCUCACUCAUGUUAAGAGGUCAUUUUUGGCACAUUAUUCGAGUGUUACAAAAAGGGUAAAUGGUGAUUAAUAUUAUAAAUUUAAUAUAUAAUAAAUAAUAAACCAUUACAUACAAAAAACAUUAAAAAUACCAAAAAGGGGUCUAUACAUUAUAAUCACAUCUAUUAAAUUUGCUUUACAGUGAUUUAAGCUAUUCGAAUAUUCUAGAAUAUAAUAUUGUUUUUUUAUGUAGGACUUUUACUUUUAAAGAUUAAAAGGUUACACUACGGUAGCACGAUUUGACAGGGUAGCACAACUCGUCACAACACCGGAUACCAGAAGAUAUCCCUGUACCCGAUUUUGAUGUGUAAGCGUAUUUUAAUGGAUAGAAGCCUGCAGUGAUCGGUUUAUUACCGUUACAAGUCUAAAAUAUGAGAAACAUGAAUACAGCCUAUAUAUUCGACAGAACGCGUUUUAAAGCGGCGUUGUUUCGCGAUAAUAAUGCUUUUAGCACAUUACAUUAGCUAGCUAGCCACCAAAGCGCUGUGUCUGCUCAGUGUUUGUAAAUGAACACUGAUGACUGACUUCUCCGUCCGGUUGUAUGUAUGAACGCAGGGGAGUGGUGUAGCGAGUGCCGGGGUGCUGCUGCUCUCCAGCUCGGCCCACAGUCAAACCUGAUGAUGGACAAACAUCCCAAGGACAUUUAAUCGCAUUAAAUGACUUUUCUCUUCUUCUUAAGUUGCCAGAAAGGACAGCAGGACUUCAUCCAGACUGUUUUUGGGGGUGUUUUUGGUGCGUUCAGACGUGGCACGCAGUGGAAACGGUUUCAUUGUUCGUACCGAAGGCCACAAUCAUGGCGAAGAGAAAAUGAAAUAGUUCCUUGUGUGUCUGACUGGCAGCCACCGUUUGCUUGUGAUGUGCGCAACUUCCGCUUUACUCCUCGAGUCCAAAGGCUCAAUGAACUUGAGGCUCUCACCAGAAUCAAGCUUAAUUUCUUGGAUCAAAUCGCGAAGUUCUGGGAGCUCCAGGGUUCUAAACUACGUUUUCCACAUGUGGAGAAAAAGAUCCUGGACUUGUACCUUCUUAGCAAGCUUGUGUCUGCUGAAGGGGGUUUUGAACUAGUCUGUAAGGAGAAGCGCUGGUCAAAGAUAGCCAGUCGAAUGGGGUUCCCCUCUGGGAAAGGCUCUGGGACCUUGCUUCGCUCGCACUUUCAGAGGAUUCUCUACCCAUACGAGCUUUUCCAGUCUGGAGCUUCAUUCACAGGCGUUCACCGUUUGUACCCGGAGGGAGAUGAAUCUGAGGAUAUAGAUGAAGGAAUAGAGGGUGGAUGUGAAGAAGAGGAGGAUGAAGAAGAGGAGAAACCGAGAGAGAAGGAAGGCCAGGAACGGGAUUGUCUGGGUGACAGGCCGCAGAAUAAAGAGCAGCCUGUACCUGAGAGACGAUCUCGGCGCCUCAAAUCAGAGGUUAGUUCCCAGAGAGAGAACAAAGAGCCUAAAACCCUGCAGAUCUUUGGCAGCAGUCCUAAGGUGGUUGGUCUGGAGAUUGUUCCAGCCGAUGAUGGGUUUAUUAAGAAGCAGAGGCAUCUCAAGGCUCAAGCGUUUGCCAUUAAGAUGCGUCCCCGCAAAGAGACUCUGGAAGUCAAUUUUAUUGACCUGUACAUGUGUAUGGCUUGUGGGCGGGGAGAUGAAGAGGACCGCCUCCUGCUGUGUGACGGUUGUGAUGACAGUUACCACACCUUCUGCCUGAUCCCUCCCCUUCAAGAUGUUCCCAAGGGUGACUGGCGUUGUCCCAAAUGUGUGGCAGAGGAAUGCAGUAAGCCUCGGGAGGCGUUUGGUUUCGAGCAGGCAGUACGAGAAUACACUCUCCAGAGUUUUGGCGAGAUGGCGGACCACUUUAAGUCUGACUACUUCAACAUGCCAGUUCAUAUGGUGCCUACGGAGCUGGUGGAGAAGGAGUUUUGGAGGCUGGUGAGCAGUAUAGAAGAAGACGUGAUAGUGGAGUAUGGAGCGGAUAUCGGCUCCAAAGAUGUGGGCAGUGGAUUUCCUGUCCGAGAUGGGAAAAGAAGACUUGUAGGGGAUGAAGAGGAAUAUGCUAAUUCGGGCUGGAACCUGAAUAACAUGCCAGUGCUGGAGCAGUCUGUUCUCACCCACAUCAAUGCAGACAUCUCUGGUAUGAAGGUGCCGUGGCUCUAUGUGGGUAUGUGCUUUUCAUCCUUCUGCUGGCACAUUGAGGACCACUGGAGCUACUCAAUCAACUACCUGCACUGGGGGGAGCCAAAGACCUGGUAUGGAGUCCCAGCACAUGCAGCAGAGCAGCUGGAGGCGGUAAUGAAGAAGUUGGCCCCGGAGCUAUUCGACUCACAGCCAGACCUGCUUCACCAGCUAGUCACCAUCAUGAACCCUAACGUUCUUAUGGAGCAUGGUGUUCCGGUGUAUCGGACCAAUCAGUGCGCUGGGGAGUUUGUGGUAACCUUUCCGAGAGCCUAUCACAGUGGCUUCAACCAGGGAUACAACUUUGCUGAAGCUGUCAACUUCUGUACUGCAGAUUGGCUUCCAAUGGGACGCCAGUGUGUGGCACACUACAGGCGUUUACAGCGGCAAUGUGUAUUCUCUCAUGAGGAGCUGCUGUGCAAGAUGGCCGCAGACCCAGAGAGCCUUGAUGUGGAGCUUGCUGCUGCUGUGUACAAAGAGCUGGGAGACAUGAUGGACGAGGAGAGCAGGCUUCGACAGGCUGUCAGUGACAUGGGGGUGCUGUCUUUUGAGCAAGAGGUGUUUGAACUUGUCCCAGAUGAUGAGAGGCAGUGUUACAAAUGCAAAACCACUUGUUUCCUGUCUGCGCUGACCUGCCCAUGCAGCCCUGAUCGCCUGGUGUGUCUUCACCACACAGCUGACCUCUGUGACUGUCCUCUCACCAGCAAGUGUCUCAGGUACAGGUAUGAUCAAGAGGAAUUCCCUGCUAUGCUGUAUGGGGUAAAGUCACGUGCCCAGUCCUACGAGACCUGGGCCAAGAGAGUUACUGAAGCACUGGCUGCUGAUCACAAAAACAAGAAAGAUCUGAUCGAACUGAAGGUCUUGCUGGAGGACGCGGAGGACAGAAAGUACCCAGAGAACAAUUUGUUCCGCAAGCUGAGAGAGAUGGUGAAGGAAGCCGAGACCUGUUCCUCUGUGGCCCAGCUGCUGCUCAGCCACAAGCAGAGACACAAAAGGGAGCGCACAGAGAGCAGCCGAAUACGAACCAAGCUAACCGUGGAGGAGCUGAAAGCAUUUGUGGAGCAGCUGUUCCGCCUGCCCUGCAUCAUUAACCAGGCACGCCAGGUCAAAGAGCUGCUGGAGAAUGUAGAAGACUUCCAUGAGCGUUCACAGGUGGCUUUGACAGAUGAGACCCCAGAUUCGAGUAAGCUGCAGGCUUUAGUGGACCUGGGUUCUGGGCUGGACGUGGAGCUGCCUGAGCUGCCUCGGCUAAAGCAGGAGCUACAGCAGGCACGCUGGCUGGACGAGGUGCGCCUCACCCUGCAGGAACCCCAGCGAGUCACUCUGGAGCUUAUGAAGCGUCUGAUUGACUCAGGUGUGGGUCUAGCACCGCACCAUGCUGUGGAGAAAGCCAUGGCAGAGCUGCAGGAAAUCCUCACAGUGUCUGAGCGCUGGGAGGACAAAGCCCGUGCCUGCUUGCAGGCCAGACCCAGGCACAGCAUGAUCACCCUGGAAAACAUUGUUAUGGAGGCCAAGAACAUUCCUGCCUACCUGCCCAAUGUGUUGGCCCUCAGAGAAGCACUCCACAAAGCCAAAGAAUGGACGUCCAGAGUGGAGGCUAUCCAGAAUGGCAGUAAUUAUGCUUACCUGGAUCAACUGGAGGCGCUGUUAGCGAGGGGGCGCUCUAUCCCAGUGCGUCUGGAUGCGCUGCCGCAGGUCGAGUCCCAGGUAGCCUCAGCACGAUCUUGGAGAGAGAGGACAGCUCGCACUUUCCUUAAGAAGAACUCAACCUAUACUCUUCUCCAGGUUCUAAGCCCCCGUACAGACAUUGGCGUAUAUGGCAACAGUAAAAGCAAGCGCAAGCGAGCGAAGGAGCUGCUGGAGCAGGAGCGUGGACUAGAGCUCGACAGCCUGAGCGACCUGGAUGAAAGCCUUGAAGAGGCACGUGAACCCUCUGCUGUAGUGGCUGCCUUCAAGGCCAAGGAGCAGCAAGAGGUAGAAGCCAUCCACUCCCUACGUGCCGCCAACCUGGCCAAGAUGGCCAUGGCUGACCGUAUAGAGGAGGUCAAGUUCUGCCUGUGUCGUAAAACGGCAGUGGGCUUCAUGCUUCAGUGCGAACUGUGUAAGGACUGGUUCCACGGUGCCUGUGUGCCCCUACCCAAAACAGGCUCGCAGAAGAAGCUGGUGGCUGGCUGGCAGGGCAGCAAUAAGGAGUCAAAGUUUCUAUGUCCGCUAUGUCAGCGUUCGCGGCGGCCCCGGCUAGAAACCAUCCUCUCGCUGCUGGUGUCGCUGCAGAAGCUGCCUGUGCGGCUCCCUGAAGGUGAAGCGCUCCAGUGUUUGACGGAGCGAGCCAUGAGCUGGCAGGACCGAGCACGGCAGGCCUUGGCCACUGAUGAGCUCUCGUCUGCCUUGGCCAAGCUAUCUGUGCUCAGUCAGCGCAUGGUUGAGUUGGCUGCACGUGAGAAGACUGAGAAGAUCAUCAACGCAGAGUUACAGAAGGCUGCGGCCAACCCAGACCUGCAGGGACACAUUCAGACAUUCCAGCAGGCGGGAUUCAGCAGAGCCACCUCUCCACGGCCAUCGCUGGACUACGACGAUGAGGAAACGGACUCAGACGAGGACAUCCGCGAGACUUACGGCUAUGAUAUGAAGGAUUCUGGUGAGGUGAAGCCCUACUUGUUCUGUGAUGAGGAGAUUCCUGUGAAGUCAGAAGAAGUUGUCAGCCACAUGUGGCCAGCCACACCGUCAUUCUGUGCAGAACAUGCCUACUCUUCUGCCUCCAAGUCUUGUCCUCAGAACCAGACCACCCCACGCAAGCAGCCCAGGAAGACGCCCCUGGUGCCCCGCAGUUUGGAGCCACCAGUACUAGAACUGUCUCCAGCUGCGAAGGCCCAGCUGGAGGAGCUUAUGAUGGAAGGGGAUCUGCUGGAGGUCUCUCUGGAUGAAACUCAGCACAUCUGGAGGAUUCUGCAGGCCACCCACCCACCAUCAGAGGAACGCUUCCUGCAGGUCAUGGAGUCAGAAGACGCUAUGCUGGAGAAGCCAAUGAAGCUGAAGCUAAAGGAUGUGGAGAAGAAGAGGAAAAGGAAGCUGGAAAGAGCUGAACAACAGCUACUACUGGCUACCACAGGAGUGGAUGGCCGACCCAAAUGCAAAGACACAAAGAGGGUGCUGGAGGUGGGCGGUAAACCCAAGAAAAAGAAGCUCAAGCUAAACCCAGACAGGUCGCGUGAGCUCAAGCAGCUGGCCAAACGCCUCGCCAAGGAAGAGAAAGAGAGGAAGAGGAAGGAGAAAGCUGCAGCCAAGGCAGAGUUUGCGAAGGAAGGACUUGAGCGCAAGAAGGAGAAGAAGGUCUUGGACAUUCCUUCAAAGUAUGACUGGUCUGGUGCAGAGGACUCCAAUGAUGAAAAUGCUGUGUGUGCGGCGAAGAACUGCCAGAGGCCGUGCAAGGACAAGGUUAGUGUGGAUUGGGUUCAGUGUGAUGGGGGAUGUGAUGAGUGGUUCCAUCAGGUGUGUGUAGGCGUGUCAUGCGAGAUGGCUGAGAAUGAAGACUACAUCUGCACGGCUUGUUCCCGAAAGGCUGCAGGCAUCACUGGGGGAGGGAUGGGCGUUAAAGUAGGUGUAGAGACUGUGGUAAUGACGUCGCCCAUCUCCAGCACCCAGACACUGUCCCCUGUACCCCAGCCAGAGCCUCAGGAGGGCAGCUAGCCCACAGAGCCACCAGCCAGACUUCAUACAAACUCUAUAAUAAUUGUUUUUUUAGUUCUACACUCUACACCCUACAACCUCAAUCAGUCGGAAUGUGGAUCCGGGCUUCUCCUUAAUCUGAUCUGUUGGUGGAAGAACGAGGGAACUAUAAUGUAUAACUGGUCAGAGGAUAAUAUGCAUGAGCGGAGGUAACUGGUUCACUGCCUGUCUUGGUGUUUUUACUUGGGGACUCUAUGCAUGGAUUGCCACCUAAACAUGGAUAUAUCAGAGGUAAUUACUGGAGAAAUUUAGAAGAGGACAAAAGCGCACAAUGGAAACUUUCCUCUUUGCACCUUUAGAUCAGAAUCAUGGUCCCAGAAGGUGUUCUCUUGUGUUCUCUCUCUCUCUAGUGCGUUCCCUCUUGACACAAACUGCUUGACCACAGAUGUUUUUAAGACCCCCAUGAGCACACUCGAAUUAAAGAGUUUAUCAUGAAUGGACCAGGCUGUUUUUACCAGCUUACAUCAGUCCUUUUUCUCUGUUCAAAUCUUUACAGGCCAAUCCACACAAACACAAACCAUGUAAAAAGGAUACAUCCAUAUUCUUUGAUACACAGCUGAUCUGGCUUCAGACUUCCCUUCAUUAAUAGCCGGUAGGAGGAUGAUUAACCUGCUCAUCUACAGUUGAUCCACCUGAUCCAUAAACAAAAUACAGCUCAAUAUGUAGAACUAGUUUAAAAUUGUUCUAUGUAGGUAAAAUAUUUAUGAUGUAAAUAGAUUUUACGCAGUCUGUGCGUUGAUGUGGAUGUUUUUUGUUGCUCACCUUUAUUAAAACUAUUCCUAGUGAAACAAACCAAAAUGAUGGUUGUUUUAUUUGUGCUUUUAAAAAAUCUGUAUGUUUCAAUGACGCAAAUACAUAUUUUUGGAGAUA